AAUCAUCAUUCCACUUAGUUACUUACUACUAGUUACCUGGUUCGGAGGAGGGGAUUCCGCAACAAUUUAUUGUCCCCCUCUUUUUCUUAGGCUGCUAUCAAAGAACACCACCCGUCAAGUCUUCCACCCCCAGUGAUUUACUACAGCUGGUACCUGAAAGUCCAAAGCUCCGACCAGGGCAUAUCAACGCCCACCCUCCACUCAGGUCGCGUUCCUUGUCCCCCUUCGUUCAGCACCCCUGUGUUGUCUUGACGAAGGGAUAACGAAGUGUCAGCCCACGUAGAAAAUGGCCCAACAACAAAAUGACAAUGUUAUGCGAAGGAAGUUGGUGAUUAUUGGAGAUGGUGCUUGUGGGAAAACUAGUUUGCUGAGUGUCUUCACCCUUGGUUAUUUUCCGACUGUCCCCACGGUUUUCGAAAAUUAUGUGACGGAUUGCAGAGUUGAUGGCCGGUCGGUACAAUUAGCAUUAUGGGAUACGGCUGGCCAAGAAGACUAUGAACGGUUACGUCCGCUAGCAUAUUCCAAAGCGCAUGUGAUUCUGAUCGGGUUCUCGGUGGAUACUCCGGAUUCCUUGGAGAACGUCAAGCACAAGUGGAUCGAGGAGGCCAAUGAGCGGUGCCCAGGUGUGCCGAUAAUCCUAGUUGGCUUGAAGAAAGAUCUCCGGGAAGACCCUCUCGCAAUUGAGGAGAUGAGAAAGAAGUCCCUAAAAUUCGUCACAUCGAAGGAAGGAAGUGACAUUUCGACUCAAAUCGGCGCCAGAAAGUACUUGGAAUGCUCCUCCUUGACCGGGGAGGGGGUUGACGACGUCUUUGAAGCUGCUACACGUGCUGCUCUUCUCACGUUCGAAAAGCGUAAAAGCUCAUGCUGCAUCGUGCUAUGAUGCAACAUCCAUGGCUUGUGUUAUAUAUGUCGACUAAGGGGGUUCGGCUCAAGGGUCUGCCAGCAGCAACGGAGAUAAUCACGCCGUCCUGGCAUUAUCAAUAUGCCUAACGGACUCAGCCUGGCCCACGCGUUCCGUCGAGUUUCUUAGAUUGGAUUACCAAAAGGGAGGGUAAAAUCUUCGAUGUUGAUCG